AGCGGGGCGGAGCUACACACUGCUCGCUACUGUUUAACCUAACCUGGCGAUCGGGGUGAAAAAGAAAAGCAAAACAACGGCGCUAUUACCUCCAUUACAGCGGACCAGUUUCUAGUUUCAUGUCUGUAAGUUCCAUUUGAGGAAAAACAAUGAGACUUAGGUCUCAAAGAACCGUUGAAACUUGCUGCGAGUCGCCGAGGAGGACCCGCCGCCGACGGGACGACAAAGCAACACCGAGACGAGCGCACCUAUCGGGGGACGAAAGCCCAAAGCUUCAAAGAAAGGAUGAUGACACCUUGGAAAAUGACCCUCACCAUUCAGAUGACGAUAUUCCGACACUUACAAGGCGGGUUUGCGGUCGGCCCAGGAAGAGGGCAAUGGCUGUGGAUGAUAGAGAAACAGAUAUGGCCUUCAAGACUCCAAUCAUGCGCCAUGAGCGCAUUCUGUCAGAGAUCGACCCUGUGACCCCACAGAAUACAACAGCAAGAAAAAUCUACUCGCCCAUCGUGCGUUUCCUCACACCCAGUAAAGAGAAUGUGAAAUGUGUAGGUACGGGAAACAACGUGUUGAUGAGCCCUGAACAAGGAGUCUUUGGCUUUGGCUCCAUAGACCUUUUGGCUGGAGAGGAAGACGAGGACGUCUUUAGUCCCUUUACCUUCAUAAAAAACGUACCUCUGCAGUCUCAACACUCCCGACCAAAACUCCUAGAUAUUCCCCCGAAAACCAGGAGCACUCCAGAGGCCACGCUGGUGGUUGACCUGGAGGAGACGCUGAUGUUCAGCUCUCUGAAUGAGAUCGAGGGGGCAGAGUACACCUUCUACACAGCGUUCCAGGACCACCAGUAUAAGGUGCACAUGAUUCUACGGCCGCAUGUCAAAGAGUUUCUUCAGGCUAUGGCUAAAAUCUAUGAGCUGUUUGUUUACACAUGUGCAAAGAAGGAAUACGCUGAGAAGGCGCUGAACAUCCUGGACCCGCAGAGGAAACUGUUUCGACAUCGUCUGUAUCAGGAGGACUGUGCCUGUGUUCUUGGUCACUACAUCAAAGAUCUCAGCGUGCUGGGAAGGGACCUCGCCAAGACGGUUGUUCUGGACAACGCCCCCCACACAUACCCAUACCAUCUGAUGAACACGAUUCCAAUCAAGAGCUGGUCCGGAGAGUCGGAGGACAGAGAUCUUCAGAAGCUCAUCCCCUCCAUGGAGAAACUGUCUGCAGCAGAGGAUUUUCGGGAGGUGCUGAAGAAGAGGAAGGAUCACUUCCACAGGCUGCUGUCAGAAGACUAACAGGACCCAUCCCCCUCCUCCCUGUAAAUACUUUGUGACUUUCACAGCUAAUGUUGGCUUUUUUUAUGCUUUGGCUAAAAGCAGAAUCCAAUUUGAAUUAGCGGACCUGAAGUCUGACCUGCUCGUCCUCCCUGAUGACUUGAAAAGACGGCAGAUCGGUAUUCCAAACAUGCUGCUGGUCGUUCGUCACCAAAACACAGUUUUUUGGAGACUCAUUCCACGGGGCAAUAAAUGCCACCCAGUCUAUGUGUAAAUAUACUAAACCAAACUCACCACGUGUUGUUUAUAUUCCUCAAAUUUUAAUUUAUUGAUUACAUUGCUAAACAUAAGGAAAUCUGUAUAUUUUGAAUAUCUUUUUUAUGCAAUAAAAUGAUCCUAUGAUAUAAGGGAAAACCAAAAGCUUUUUCAUUUAUUUUCUGUACUUAGUGUAUAAUACGUUUCAAUAAAGUGUGAACAAAUCAGA